AUGAACACCACCACCAAUGACCAACAUCAGUCACGCAGCAUUAACAACUGUGAUGCCAUCAGUGUCAACUCCUCCCCCCCACCGGUUGGGGACGCCACUGUCAUGGCUCUGAGGGUGGACCCUGUCAGUGCUUCACCUCACCACAGCAUCUCAGGAGGCAGCUCCACGUCUGCCAAACCCUCCACGCCCUGGUCUGGCCAGUACUGCGACAUCUGCACGGCUGCUAACCACAACAAGGCACAUCCCGUGAGCAAUGCCAUCGACGGCACCGAGCGCUGGUGGCAGAGCCCACCACUGUCUCGCGGCCUGGAGUACAACGAGGUCAAUGUUACCCUGGACCUGGGCCAGGUUUUCCAUGUGGCCUAUGUACUCAUCAAGUUUGCUAACUCCCCUCGGCCGGACCUCUGGGUGCUGGAGCGGUCCACGGACUUCGGCCACACCUACCAGCCUUGGCAGUUCUUCGCCUCCUCCAAGAGGGAUUGUCUAGAGCGAUUCGGUCCUCAGACACUGGAGCGCAUCACGCAGGACGAUGACGUCAUUUGUACCACCGAGUACUCACGCAUAGUACCCCUGGAGAACGGCGAGAUCGUGGUGUCCCUGGUGAACGGGCGCCCGGGAGCCAUGAAUUUCUCCUACUCGCCACUACUGCGUGAGUUCACCAAAGCCACCAACAUCCGGCUGCGUUUCCUGCGUACUAACACGUUGCUGGGCCACCUCAUGGGCAAGGCGCUGAGGGACCCCACCGUCACCCGCCGGUACUAUUACAGCCUCAAGGACAUCAGCAUUGGUGGGCGCUGUGUCUGCCACGGCCACGCAGAUGUCUGUGACGCCAAAGACCCCUCAGACCCUUUCAGGCUGCAGUGUGCCUGCCAGCACAACACAUGUGGAGGUUCCUGUGACCGCUGCUGCCCCGGCUUCAACCAGCAGCCGUGGAAGCCGGCCACCACUGACAGUGCCAACGAGUGCCAGUCCUGCAACUGCCAUGGCCACGCCCACGACUGUUACUAUGACCCUGAGGUGGACCGGCGCAAUGCCAGCCAGAACCAGGACAAUGUGUACCAGGGUGGGGGUGUCUGCAUCGGCUGCCAGCACCACACCACCGGUAUCAACUGUGAACGCUGCCUGCCCGGCUUCUACCGUGCCCCAGACCACCCGCUCGACUCGCCCCAUGUCUGCCGCCGCUGCAACUGCGAGUCCGAUUUCACUGAUGGGACUUGUGAAGACCUGACCGGCCGCUGCUACUGCCGGCCCAACUUCACUGGGGAGCGGUGUGACGCGUGUGCUGAGGGCUUCGCAGGCUUCCCUCUCUGCUACCCUGUGCCCCCGUUCUCCCCCAAUGACACCAGGGAGCAGGUGCUGCCAGCUGGACAGAUUGUGAACUGUGACUGCAGCGCUGCAGGGACUCAGGGCAACGCCUGCCGGAAGGACCCGCGGGUGGGACGCUGUGUGUGCAAACCCAACUUCCAGGGCGCCCACUGCGAGCUCUGCGCGCCUGGGUUCUAUGGCCCUGGCUGUCAGGCAUGCCAGUGCUCUAGCCCUGGAGUGACUGAUGGCUUCUGUGACCCUGACUCUGGCCAGUGCCGGUGCCGGGUGGGCUUCGAGGGGGCUGCAUGCGAUCGUUGUGCCCCUGGCUACUUCCACUUCCCUCUCUGCCAACUAUGUGGCUGCAGCCCUGCAGGGACCCUGCCUGAAGGCUGUGACGAGGCUGGCCGCUGCCCAUGCCGGCCCGGGUUCGAGGGGCCUCACUGUGACCGCUGCCGCCCAGGCCACCAUGGUUACCCCAACUGCCAUGCCUGCAGCUGUGAUCCCCAGGGAGCCCUGGACCAGCUCUGUGGGGCAGGUGGUUUGUGCCACUGCCGCCCCGGCUACACGGGCACCACCUGCCAGGAGUGCAGCCCCGGUUUCCACGGCUUCCCCGCCUGCACCCCCUGCCACUGCAAUGCCGAUGGCUCUUUGCACACGACCUGUGACCCCCGGAGUGGGCAGUGCAGCUGCCGGCCCCGUGUGACAGGACUGCGUUGUGACAUGUGUGUGCCUGGUGCCUACAACUUCCCCUCCUGUGAAGUUGGCUCCUGUCACCCUGCAGGCCUGGCCCCAGCCAAUCCUACCCUCCCUGAGGCACAGGCCCCCUGUAUGUGCCGGGCUUAUGUGGAGGGGCUGAGCUGUGAUCGCUGCAAACCUGGGUACUGGGGGUUGAGCCCCAGCAACCCUGAGGGCUGCACCCGCUGCAGCUGUGACCCCAGAGGCACACUGGGUGGAGUUGCUGAGUGCCAACUGGGCAAUGGCCAGUGCUUCUGCAAGGCCCAUGUGUGUGGCCAGACUUGCGCAGCAUGCAAGGACGGCUUCUUUGGGCUAGAUCAGGCUGACUACUUCGGCUGCCGCAGCUGCCGGUGUGAUAUUGGUGGUGCACUGGGCCAGGGCUGUGAACCAAGGACUGGUGCUUGCCGGUGCCGCCCCAACACCCAGGGCCUCACCUGCAGCGAGCCAGCGAGGGACCACUACCUGCCAGACCUGCACCAUCUGCGGCUGGAGCUGGAGGAGGCGACCACUCCUGAGGGCCAUGCUGUCCGCUUUGGCUUCAACCCUUUAGAGUUUGAGAACUUCAGCUGGAGGGGUUACGCACACAUGUCACCCAUCCAGCCCAGGAUUGUGGCCAGGAUGAACGUGACCUCCCCUGACCUGUUUCGGCUGGUCUUCCGAUAUGUCAACCGUGGGUCCAUGACUGUGAGUGGGCAGGUCUCCAUGCGAGAGGAGGCCAAGCUUGCCGCCUGUACCAACUGCACAGAUCAGAGCCAGCUGGUGGCUUUCCCACCCAGCACCGAGCCCACCUUUGUCACUGUGCCCCAGCGGGGCUUCGGGGAGCCCUUUGUGCUGAAUCCUGGAGUCUGGGCCCUGUUCGUUGAGGCUGAAGGGGUUCUCCUGGAUUAUGUGGUUCUGCUGCCCAGUGCCUACUAUGAGGCAGCCCUCCUACAGCUUCGAGUGACCGAGUCCUGUACCUACCGGCCAUCUGUGCAGCACUUUGGAGAGAACUGUCUCCUCCACGCCCACCUUCCUCUGGAUGGCUUCCCCUCAGCAGCUGGUCCUGAGGCCCUAUGUCGCUACGACAACAGCCUGCCCCGGCCUUGCCCUCUGGAGCAGCUCAGCCCUUCACACCCGCCUCUGGCCGCCUGCCUGGGCAGUGAUGUGGACAUUCAGCUUCAGGUGGCUGUGCCUCGGCCAGGCCGCUAUGCCCUGGUGGUGGAAUACGCCAAUGAGGAUACUCAGCAGGAAGUAGGUGUGGCUGUGCACACCCCCCACCAAGCCCCCCAGCAAGGGACGCUCACCCUCCACCCCUGCCCAUACAGCACCCUGUGCCGGGGCUCUGCCUUGGACACACAGCACCACCUGGCCGCCUUCUACCUGGGCUCUGAAGCCAGCAUCCGGCUCACAGCUGAACAGGCACACUUCUUCCUGCACACUGUCACCCUGGUGCCUGUGGAGGAGUUCAGCAUGGAGUUCGUGGAGCCUCGGGUCCGUUGUGUGAGCAGCCAUGGUACCUUUGGCUCUAGCAGUGCUGCAUGUCUGCCCUCCCGCUUCCCGAAGCCACCGCAGCCCAUCACCCUCAGGGACUGUCUGGUACUGCCACUGCCUCCCAGCCUCCCUCUGACCCGCUCUCAGGAGCUCACCCCAGGUGCACCCCCAGCUGGACCCCAGCCUCGGCCCCCCACUGCUGUGGACCCCGACACAGAGCCCACCUUGCUGCGCCACCCCCAGGGCACUGUGGUCUUCACUACCCAGGUGCCUACCCUGGGCCGCUACGCCUUUCUGCUCCACGGCUACCAGCCAGCCCACCCCACUUUCCCUGUGGAGGUCCUCAUCAAUGGGGGUCGUGUCUGGCAGGGCCACGCCAAUGCCAGCUUCUGCCCACAUGGCUAUGGCUGCCGCACCCUGGUGUUGUGUGAGGGCCGGGCCGUGUUGGAUGUGACAGACAAUGAGCUCACUGUGACCGUGCGUGUGCCUGAGGGCCGGUGGCUCUGGCUGGACUAUGUGCUGGUGGUCCCCGAGGAUACCUACAGCCCUAGCUACCUGCGGGAGGAACCUCUGGAUAAAUCCUAUGACUUCAUCAGCCACUGUGCCACCCAUGGCUAUCAUAUAAGUCCCAGCAGCUCGUCCCUGUUCUGCCGGAGUGCUGCCAUCUCCCUCUCUCUCUUCUAUAAUAAUGGGGCCCGGCCUUGUGGCUGCCACGAGGUUGGUGCCACCAGCUCCACGUGUGAGCCUUUUGGGGGCCAGUGUCCCUGCCGGGCCCAUGUCAUCGGCCGUGACUGCUCCCGCUGUGCCACCGGCUACUGGGGCUUUCCUAACUGCAGGCCCUGUGACUGUGGUGCCCGCCUAUGUGACGAACUCACUGGCCAGUGCAUCUGCCCACCACGUACCAUCCCCCCUGACUGCCUGGUCUGCCAGCCCCAGACCUUCGGCUGCCACCCCUUGGUCGGGUGUGAGGAGUGUAACUGCUCAGGACCUGGCGUGCAGGAGCUGACCGACCCCACCUGUGACAUGGACAGCGGCCAGUGCAAGUGCAGACCCAACGUGGCUGGGCGCCGCUGUGACACCUGUGCUCCAGGCUUCUACGGUUACCCCAGCUGCCGCCCCUGUGACUGCCACAAAGCAGGCACCGCGCCUGGUGUGUGUGACCCCCUCACAGGCCAGUGCCACUGCAAGGAAAAUGUGCAGGGCCCAAGGUGUGACCAGUGUCGCCUGGGGACCUUUUCCCUCGAUGCCACCAACCCUAAGGGCUGUACCCGCUGCUUCUGCUUUGGGGCUACAGAGCGCUGCAGGAGCUCGGCCCAUGCCCGUCACGAGUUUGUGGACAUGGAGGGAUGGACACUGUUGAGCAGCGACCGACAGGUGGUACCUCACGAGCGGCGGGCAGAACUGGAGCUGCUCUACGCAGACCUGCGGCACGUUGCUGACGGCUUCCCUGAGCUGUACUGGCAGGCCCCGCCAUCCUACCUCGGGGACCGGGUGUCAUCCUAUGGUGGGACUCUCCGCUAUGAGCUGCACUCGGAGACCCAACGCGGAGAUGUCUUCAUCCCCACUGAGAGCAGGCCGGACGUGGUGCUACAGGGGAACCAGAUGAGCAUCACUUUCCUGGAGCCGUCCUACCCUGCACCUGGCCAUGUUCACCGUGGGCAGCUGCAGCUGGUGGAGGGAAACUUCCGGCACACUGAGACCCACAAUGCUGUGUCCCGUGAGGAGCUCAUGAUGGUUCUGGCAGGCCUGGAGCAAGUGCAGAUCCGUGCCCUCUUCUCACAGACCUCUCAGCUGUCCCUGCGGAGGGUGGUGUUGGAGGUAGCUAGUGAGGCAGGCAGGGGACCUCCCGCCAGCAAUGUGGAGUUGUGCAUGUGCCCUGCUAACUACCGUGGGGACUCGUGCCAGGAGUGUGCCCCUGGCUACUAUCGGGACAUCAAAGGGCUCUUUCUGGGUCGAUGUGUACCCUGCCAGUGCCAUGGCCAUUCAGACCGCUGUCUCCCUGGCUCUGGCAUCUGUGUGGGCUGCCAGCACAACACAGAGGGGGACCACUGUGAGCGCUGCCAGCCCGGCUUUGUGAGCAGCGGGGUUGAGGACCCCACGGCCCCCUGUGUCAGCUGCCCCUGCCCCCAGCCAGUGCCCUCAAACAACUUUGCAGACGGCUGCAUCCUGCGAGGUGGCCGCACCCAGUGCCUGUGCAAACCGGGUUAUGCUGGGACCUCCUGCGAGCGAUGCGCGCCUGGCUUCUUUGGCAACCCUAUGGUGCUGGGCAGUUCCUGCCAGCCCUGUGACUGCAGUGGCAAUGGCGACCCUAACAUGAUCUUCAGCGACUGUGACCCUCUGACAGGCGUCUGCCGUGGCUGCCUGCGCCACACCACCGGGCCCCGCUGCGAAAGUUGUGCCCCCGGCUUCUAUGGCAACGCCCUGCUGCCUGGCAACUGCACCCGGUGCGACUGCUCCCCGUGUGGGACAGAGACCUGUGAUCCCCAGAGUGGGCGCUGCCUGUGUAAGGCAGGUGUGACUGGGCAGCGCUGUGACCGCUGCCAGGAAGAACACUUUGGCUUCGAGCACUGUCAGGGCUGCCGCCCUUGUGCCUGUGGACCGGCUGCUGAGGGCUCUGGGUGCCACCCCCAGAGUGGGCAGUGCCAUUGCCCACCAGGUACCUCAGGACCCCAGUGCCGCGAGUGCGCCCCCGGCCACUGGGGGUUCCCGGAGCAGGGCUGCAGACGCUGCCAAUGCCAGGGAGGCCACUGUGACCCGCACACGGGUCGCUGCACCUGCCCCCCGGGGCUCAGUGGGGAGCGCUGUGACACGUGCAGCCAGCAGCACCAUGUGCCUGUGCCAGGUGGACCGGGGGGCCGUGGCGUCCACUGUGAAGUGUGUGACCACUGUGUGGUUUUACUCCUGGAUGACCUUGAGCGGGCUGGUGCUGUCCUCCCCACCAUCCGUGAGCAGCUGCAUGGUAUUAACGCCAGCUCUGUGGCCUGGGCACAGCUGCAUAGGCUGAACGCCUCCAUCACUGACCUGCAGAGCCAGCUCCGGGGCCCAGCAGACCCCCGCCACGAGAUGACUCAGAGGCUGCAGACCCUGGAACGGCAGAGCACGAGCCUCGAGCAAGACUCACAGCAGCUGGGCAAUCAGGCCACCGGGGCCCGAGACCAGGCAGGUCGUCUGCUGGACAGCACAGAGGCUACACUGGGCCGGGCACAGAUGGUGCUGGAGACCGUCCGGGCUGUGGACCGUGCCUUGAGUGACCUAGCCUCCCAGAUGGGCCACCUGUCUCCAGCCAAUGCUUCGACCCCAUCGGGUGACCAGCUGCGCCGGACACUGGCAGAAGUGGAGCGGCUGCUCCGGGAGGUUCGGGCUCGUGACCUGGGAGCCCCCCGGGCAGUGGCAGAAGCUGAGCGGGCCGAGGCCCAGAGGCUGCUGACCCGCGUGCAGGAGCAGCUGACCAGCCGCUGGGAGGAAAACCGGGCACUGGCCACAAGCACCCGUGACCAACUGGCCCAGUAUGAGGCUGGCCUGAUGGACCUGCGUGAGGCCCUGAACCAGGCAGUGAACACCACACGGGAGGCUGAGGAGCUCAAUAGCCGUAACCAGGAGUUGGUGGAGGAAGCCCUGCAACGGAAGCGGGAGCUGUCCCGGGACAAUGCCACCCUGAAAGGCACUCUUCAGGCUGCCAGCCGCACCCUGGGCCGGGCCUCUGAGUUUCUGCGUGGCGUAGACCAGGCCAAGGAGGACCUGGAGCACCUGGCUGCCAGCCUGGAUGGGGCUCAGAUGCCCCUGCUGCAGAAGAUACGGGCCUUCUCCCCGGCCGGCAGCAAGUUGGACUUGGUAGAGGCCGCUGAGGCCCACGCACGGCAACUGGACCAGCUGGCGCCCAACCUGUCCAGCAUCAUCCUCAGUGUCAAUCAGGAUCGCUUUAUCCAGAGGGCUGUGGAGGCCUCCAACGCCUACAGCAGUAUCCUGCAGGCUGUGCAGGCUGCUGAGGAUGCUGCUGGCCAGGCCCAGAAGCAGGCAAGUCGCACAUGGGAGAUGGUGGUGAGGCGGGGCCUGGCAGCCAGAGCCCAGCAGCUAUUGGCUAACAGCAGUGACCUGGAGGAGGCCGUCCUUGGGCAGCAGCGGAAGUUGGGCCUUGCGCGGGUCACCCUGCAGGGUGCUGGGAUCCAGCUCCGAGACAUCCGAGCUGAGAAGGACCAGCUGGCAGCCCGGAUCCAGGAGGUGCAGGCUAUGCUGGCCAUGGACACAGAUGAGACAAGUGAAAAGAUUGCCCAUGCCAAGACCGUGGCCACUGAAGCCCAGGGCAUGGCUGCCCGUGUGAAUUCCCAAGUUGAGGACAUGCAGAAGAACCUGGAGCAGUGGCAGGGCCAGUUUGGGGGCCUGCGGGGCCAGGAUCUGAACCAGGUGGUGCUUGACGCAGGCCGCUCAGUGUCUACCCUGGAGAAGACACUUCCACAGCUGCUGGCCAAACUGAGCCUCCUGGAAAACCGUGGGGCACACAAUGCCAGCCUGGCCCUGUCUGCCAGCAUCGGCCGCGUGAGGGAGCUCAUUGCCCAGGCCCGGGGUGCCGCCAGCAAGGUCAAGGUGCCCAUGAAGUUCAACGGGCGCUCGGGGGUGCAGCUGCGUGCCCCACGGGACCUUGCCGACCUCGCUGCCUACACUGCCCUCAAAUUCUACCUGCAAAGCCCAGUGGCAGUGCCCACACCUGGAGAGAACACUGGAGACCACUUCGUGCUGUACAUGGGCAGCCGCGAGGCCACUGGGGACUACCUUGGUGUGUCUCUGCGCAACCAAAAGGUGCACUGGGUGUACCAGCUGGGGGAGGCCAGCCUUGCAUCCCUCAGCAUUGACGAGAACAUUGGGGAGCAAUUCGCAACUGUCAGCAUUGACAGGACCCUUCAGUUUGGUCAUAUGUCUGUCACAGUGGAGAAUCAGGUGGUCCAAGAGAUCAAGGGGGACACAGUGGCCCCUGGGAUGGAGGGGCUACUCAACCUGCGGCCUGACGACUUCGUCUUCUAUGUGGGAGGGUACCCCAGCAACUUCACGCCCCCGGCACCCCUCCGUUUCCCUGGCUACCGGGGCUGCAUUGAGAUGGACACAUUGAAUGAGGAGGUGGUCAGUCUCUACAACUUUGAGAGGACCUUCUGGCUCGACACAGACGUGGAUAAGCCUUGUGCUCGCUCCAAGUCCACCGGAGACCCGUGGCUCACAGAUGGCUCCUACUUGGACGGCACUGGCUUUGCUCGCAUCGGCUUCGAGAAACAGAUGAGCAACACAAAGCGCUUCGACCAGGAGCUGCGGCUCGUGUCCUACAAUGGGAUCCUCUUCUUCCUAAAGCACCAGAGCCAAUUCCUGUGCCUGGCGGUGCGCAAAGGCGACCUUGUGCUUCUCUAUGACUUCGGCACAGGCCUGGAGGAGGCUGUCCCGCUGCAACCCGCACCGCCCCUGACGGCAGCCAGCAAGGCGAUCCAGGUGUUCCUGCUGGCUGGCAACCGCAAGCGUGUUCUGGUGCGUGUGGAGAGGGCCACAGUGUUCAGCGUGGAGCAGGACAACUCACUGGAACUGGCCGAUGCCUACUACCUGGGGGGCGUGCCGCCAGAGCAGCUGUCUCCGAGCCUGCGGCAGCUCUUCCCCUCCGGAGGCUCAGUCCGCGGCUGUGUCAAAGGGAUCAAGGCUCUGGGCAAAUACGUGGACCUCAAGAGGCUGAACACCACAGGCAUCAGCUUCGGCUGCACCGCCGACCUCCUGGUAGGACGCAUCAUGACUUUCUAUGGCCACGGCUUCCUGCCCCUGUUGCUCCCUGACGUGGCGCCCCUCACAGGAGAGGUCUACUCUGGGUUUGGUUUCCGGAGUAGCCAGGACAGCAGCCUACUUUACUACCGUGCAUCUCCGGACGGGCCAUGUCAGGUGUCCCUCCAGGAAGGCCAUGUGGUAUUCCAGUUUAUGAGGACAGAGGUGGAAACUCGAGACGUCUUUGCUGAUGGUGCUCCCCACUAUGUUGCCUUCUACAGCAAUGCCACAGGGGUCUGGCUCUAUGUGGACGACCAGCUGCAGCAGAUGAAGACCCACCAGGCGCCGCUCCUGGGGCUCCAGCCACAACCCAGUGGGGGUCCCAGGCUCCUCCUUGGAGGCCUGACUGAGUCUGACACCUCCUCUAACUUCCGCGGCUGCAUCAGCAAUGUUUUUGUGCAACGGCUCCGGGGACCACAGCGUGUGUUCGAUCUGCAGCAAAAUGCGGGUGGUGUCAAUGUGAGCACAGGCUGUGCCCUGGCGCCUCACACACAGACCCUGAGGCAGGGACCCCAAGGGCUGAGGGCUGCGACUCGGAAGGCUUCCCGCCGCAGCCGGCAGCACAGCCAGGACUCUUUCUGUACACCGCCGCGGCGCCUCAGGACCAUCCGAGGCACCUACCAGUUUGGAGGCCCCUCGCCCAGUUACCUGGAAUUUGCAGGCAUCACAAAUCCUCCUGGAAAUUGGUCCCAUCUCUCGAUGCUGGUCCACCCUCGUGCUCCGCAGGGCGUCUUGCUCUUUGCUGCCCCCCAGACAAGGCACAGCCCCUCGCUGUUGCUCUUCCUGAGCCAUGGACACUUUGUCUUACAGACCGAAGGCCCUAGGCCCCGGCUCCGAGUUCGGAGCCGCCAGCGUUCACGGGCUGGCCGGUGGCACAUGGUGUCUGUGCGCUGGGAAAAGAGUCAGAUCCAGCUGCUCAUAGAUGGAAUCCUGGCCUGGAGCCAACAGGGGCCGCACCAUUGGGGCCAGAGGGCAGAGAGCCAUCAGCCCCACACCCUUUUUGUGGGGGGCCUCCCUGCCAGCAACCACAGCUCCAAGCUCCCCGUGUCCGUGGGAUUCAGUGGCUGUGUGAAGAGACUGCGGCUGAAUGGGCAGAACCUAGGGACCCCCACACAAAUGGUGGGGGUCACACCCUGCAUCUCAGGCCCACUGGAGGAUGGCCUGUUCUUCGCAGGCAGCGGGGGAGUUGUCACUUUAGAACCCCCAGAGGUCACACUCCCUGAUGUGAGCUUGGAGCUGGAGGUGCGGCCCUUGGCACCCAAUGGCCUGAUCUUCCACCUGGGACACACCCAGGCACCCCCGUACCUGCAGCUGCAGGUUCUUAAGGAGAAGGUCCUGCUGCGUGCAGAUGAAGGAGCAGGCGAGUUCUCUACGUGGGUGAAACACCCCACAGCACUGUGUGAUGGGCAGUGGCACCGAUUGGCAGCAGUCAAGGGCAGGAAUGUGCUCCGGCUGGAGGUGGACGCACAGAGCAACCACACCGUGGGCCCUUCACUGGUAGCCUUGGCUGAUAGCCCAGUACCUCUGCACCUCGGUGGCCUGCCCAAGUCCACAGCUACAGAAGCUGGGUCCACCGCCUAUCGUGGCUGCAUGAGGAAGCUGGUGGCGAACCAGUCCCCUGUCACCGUGACUGCUGCUGCAGAGUUCCAGGGAGUAGUGGGGGCCAGUGGCUGCCCAGUCACAUAGCCCAGCUGCCCUCUUGGAUCCCAGUCCCUGCCUGGCCUCACCAUCCAGCAGGGCUUUGUCUCAAGCCUGAAGCCCAGCAGAGUGGAGAGGUGUUGACCCGCAGCUGUAGGCCAGCAGGAGCAGCUGCCCAUGGUUGCUACAAGGCGUGGUGCUCACACCACCGCCCUACACCUCUGCCAUCACGUAGGCUUCAUAGAAGUUUGUGGCAUUUAUCUAGUCUGGGUUCUACAGGUGACGAAUUCUAUCAUCUGGAGAUGGUUUAUCUUUUCAAAUGAAAGGACAAGACUGCAAAAUGGGCUUUCACGCUUUGUACUUUCCUCCCACCGUAGUU